AUGCUCAGUGAAGAAUACCCCGAUCGACUAGCGUCCCAGCAUGAGCUUGCCGGUGCGUAUCAAUCUGAUGGCCAGAUCGAGCGUGCCGUGGAGAUCCUUGAGCAUGUGGUCGAGGUUCGCGAGAGAACGCUUUAUGAAGAGCACCCUGAUCGACUAGCAUCUGAGCAUGGACUCGCAGUAGCCUAUCUGUCCGACGACCAGAUUCAGCAGGCCGUGGAGCUCCUCGAGCACGUAGUCGCGGUUGAAUGCAGGACGCUCAAUGAAGACUCUAUCUCUCGACUGGAGUCUCAGUAUGAGCUAGCAAUAGCUUAUCGAUCCAACGGUCAGACCAAGCAGGCCGUGGAACUCCUCGGGCACGUAGUCGCAAUCGAAGGGAAGAUACUCGAUGAAGAAGAUCCUAAUCGACUGGCGUCUCACUAUGAACUCGCGAUAGCCUAUCGAUUUAACGGCCAGACCGAGCAAAGCGAGGAGCUCCUCUAG